CCCGCGCCCUGCGUCUUUAAGGCCGAGGCCGCGCGCCCGCCGAGCCCCGAUCGUCCCGGCCCGCGCGGCGCCGCCACCAUGGCGCGGGUGGUGACAGUGCAAACCCAGGCUUACCCCGACCAGCGGCCCGGCACCAGCGGGCUGCGGAAGCGCGUGCAGGUGUUCCGGAGCCGCGCGCACUACGCCGAGAACUUCAUCCAGAGCAUCCUGGCCACCGUGGAGCCGGCGCUGCGGCCCGAGGCCACGCUGGUGGUGGGCGGCGACGGCCGCUUCUACAUGGCCGAGGCGAUCCAGCUCAUCGCGCGCAUCGCCGCGGCCAACGGGAUCGGGCGCCUGGUAAUUGGGCAGAACGGGAUCCUCUCCACCCCAGCCGUGUCCUGCAUCAUCAGAAAAAUCAAAGCCAUCGGUGGGAUCAUCCUGACAGCCAGCCACAACCCAGGCGGGCCCAACGGUGACUUCGGGAUCAAGUUCAACACUGCGAAUGGAGGUCCUGCUCCCGAGGCAAUCACAGACAGGAUCUUCCAGAUCAGCAGGACCAUCGAGGAGUACGUGAUCUGCCCUGACCUGAAGGUGGACCUGAGCGUGCUGGGGAAGCAGCAGUUCGACCUGGAGAACAAGUUCAAGCCCUUCACAGUGGAAAUCGUGGACUCGGUGGAGGACUAUGCCACCAUGCUGAGGAAGAUCUUCGACUUCAGUGCACUGAAGGAGCUGCUGUCUGGCCCAAACCACCUGAAGAUCCGCAUAGAUGCCAUGCACGGAGUUGUGGGGCCGUACGUGCGGAAGAUCCUCUGUGAGGAGCUGGGCGCCCCGGCCGAGUCGGCAGUGCACUGCGUCCCUCUGGAGGACUUCGGCGGCCACCACCCAGACCCCAACCUCACCUACGCGGCCGACCUGGUGGAGACCAUGAAGUCAGGGGAGCACGAUUUCGGGGCUGCCUUUGACGGAGACGGGGACCGCAACAUGAUCCUGGGCAAGCACGGCUUCUUCGUGAACCCCUCGGACUCCGUGGCCGUCAUCGCUGCGAACAUCUUCAGCAUUCCGUACUUCCAGCAGACCGGCGUCCGUGGCUUUGCGCGCAGCAUGCCCACGAGCGGUGCCCUGGACAGGGUGGCGAACGCUACAAAGAUCGCUUUGUAUGAGACCCCGACGGGCUGGAAGUUCUUUGGGAACUUGAUGGAUGCCAGCAAACUGUCCCUGUGCGGGGAGGAGAGCUUCGGGACUGGUUCCGACCACAUCCGGGAGAAAGACGGGCUGUGGGCCGUCCUCGCCUGGCUGUCCAUCCUGGCCGCCCGCAAGCAGAGCGUGGAGGACAUUCUCAAGGGUCACUGGCAGAAGCACGGCCGCAACUUCUUCACCAGGUACGACUACGAGGAGGUGGAUGCAGAGGCGGCGAGCAAGAUGAUGCAGGACCUGGAGGCCCUGAUGCUGGACCGCUCCUUUGUGGGGAAGCAGUUCUCGGCCAACGACAAAGUCUACACGGUGGAGAGAGCGGACAACUUUGAGUACAGCGACCCGGUGGACGGAAGCGUUUCCAAGAAUCAGGGCUUGAGGCUUCUCUUUGCAGACGGCUCCCGCAUCAUCUUCCGGCUGAGCGGCACUGGGAGUGCGGGGGCCACCAUCCGCCUGUACAUCGACAGCUACGAGAAGGACAUCUCAAAGAUCUACCAGGACCCUCAGGUCAUGCUGGCCCCGCUGAUCACCAUUGCUCUCAAGGUGUCCGGGCUGAGGGAGAGGACGGGCCGCACGGAGCCCACUGUCAUCACCUAGGCGACAGGCAGCUGCUGCACACCCCGCCAGGCCCCCUCCUCCCCCCAUGAGAGUGAGGACGCCAGCCAAGCGGACUGCCGGGCUCCCCGGGAUCUGAUUUCUCCGCGUCCCAGUUGUUGGUCCCCAUCUGCCAGGCCCUGCCCCUCAAGAUGCCCUCAGGACGGUGCGAGAGACGGUGCUUGUUCCUGUGCCACUUCCCGUUCUGGGCUCCUGCUCCUGCGUCCGCCGCAGUGUCAGGAGGAGGCAGGGGUCAGCCCGGUGACCCCGCUGCCCUGCCCACUGCCUACCCACGGCCCCAGAGCAGCGAUUCCGGCGCCUCCUCCCCUGUUUUCCUCCGAGCGAGACGUACUUGUUUCAGAUUUCUGCCUUGUUCUCCACAGGCCCCAUUUGCACAGGUGUUCUGGGGUAAUAAAGCAGGAGAAGCUACUGCGA